AUGAGCCUCCAGGCCCCACCCACACUCCUGCAACUGGCGAGGCAGAGCCUGCUGAGGGACGAGGCCGUGGCCAUCCCUGCUCUGGAGGAGCUGCCAAGGGACCUUUUCCCACAACUAUUCAUGGAGGCCUUCACCAAGAGACAGAGAAAAGUCCUGACGGCCAUGGUGCAGGCCUGGCCCUUCACCCGCCUGCCUCUGGGGGCCCUGAUGUUGACCCCUGACCUGGAGACCCUAAGAGCUGUGCUGGAUGGGCUGGAUGUGCUGCUUGCCCAGAAGGUUCGCCCCAGGUGCCUCAAGACCCCCUUGGAGUCCUUGACACUAACUGAGUGCUGGUUUUCAGAAUCAGAAAUGGACAACUUGUUCCUGUACCCAACCGUGCAUCAGCUAAAGGAGCUGGACCUGACUCGCACCAUACUGAGCGAUUUCAAUCCUGAGCCCCUCCAAAUUCUACUAGAGAACAUUGCAGCCAGCCUGCAGGUCCUGAUCUUAGAGGACUGUUCGAUAACAGACUCCCAGCUCAGUGUCAUCCUACCUUCCUUGAGCCGCUGCCAUCAGCUCAUGACCUUAAACUUCAGUGGGAACCAAAUCUCCAAGGCUUCCCUAGAGAAUCUAUUGCGCCACACCAUUGGGCUGAGCAAGUUAAGCCUGGAGAUAUAUCCUGUCCCUAGGGAGUGUUAUGAUGAUGAUUUUAAAGAUAUCGACCAGGAGAAAUUUCUCCAGCUUCAGGCUCAGCUGAUGGAGAUACUAAGGGACUUAAGGCAGCCCAAGAGGAUCGAGUUCCGUACCCUCCCCUGCUUUCAGUGUGGAGCUCAGCUCCCUGCCUCCCUCUCAGGAACCUGGACUAUAUACCCAGACGGCCGGUUUGGUAACCAGAUGGGGCAAUAUGCCACCCUGCUCACCCUGGCCCAGCUGAACGGCCGCAGAGCCUUCAUCCAGCCAGCCAUGCAUGCCACCUUGGCCCCAGUGUUCCGCAUCACCCUGCCUAUGCUGUCGCUGGAAGUGGACAGCCGCACGCCUUGGCAGAAGCUGCAGCUGCAUGACUGGAUGUCAGAGGAGUAUGCCCACUUGAAGGAUCCCUGGCUCAAGCUCUCUGGCUUCCCCUGUUCUUGGACUUUCUUCCACCAUCUCCGAGAACAGAUCAGCAGUGAGUUCACCCUGCGGAUGAAGUUUACUCAGAGUUUACUGAGUCCUCUCCGUCUGGGCCGCACUGGGGACCGACCCAGGACCUUCGUGGGUGUCCAUGUGUGCCGUGGGGACUAUCUGGAGGUUAUGCCUCAGUGCUGGAAGGGUGUGGUGGGUGACCGAGCCUACCUUUGGCAGGCCAUGGACUGGUUCAGGGCACAGUAUGAAGCCCCUAUUUUUGUGGUCACUAGUAAUGGCAUGGAGUGGUGCCAGAAAAACAUUGGCAUUUCCCAGGGUGAUGUGAUCUUUGCUGGCAACUGGCAGGAGGGCACACCGGAGACAGACUUUGCAGUGCUCACACAGUGCAACCACACCAUCAUGACCAUUGGCACCUUCUGCUUCUGGGCUGCCUACCUGGCUGGUGGAGAUACUGUCUACCUGGCCAACUUCACCCUGCCAGACUCUGAGUUCCUAAGGAUCUUUAAGCCAGAGGCCACCUUCCUGCCUGAGUGGGUGGGCAUUAAUGCAGACUUAUCUCCCCUCUGGACAGCUACUGGGCCUUGAGAGCCGGGAAAUUUUAUGGAAUAGUCUGAUCAUUCCAGAACUGGUGGUACGUGUCUCCAGAGACCUAGCACCUUCUGGAGAAGUUUAUGGUGGUUCUGGAGCAGAUGGACACCCAUUUCUAAAGCGAUUCUAGUUGGGCAGACUUGGAGAGAAGGGGAAGCUUUCUGGAACUGCCUGAACAUUCUAGAAGCAGCAGUAGAAUAUGUUGGCAAAUGUCUGGAGAGGCUCUUGGCAGUUCUAGAAGCUGCAGUGCCCACUUGCCCAUGUCUAAAUACUUCUAGAUGCAGCGCCCAGGAACAAGGAAUACUUCCUCUAGUGUUGAUCAUCCUGGUCUUUUCUAGAAGAGAUGUUAAUUCUCCCCUGGGUCCUCAGAAGCCUGAAAGAGCUCAUGGUGUGUCUAGAGCAAGCCCUGCCAGCUC